AUGGUCGUCCCCAACCCCAACACUCAGCACGAGCUUGCUGGCAAAGUUGCCCUCGUCACCGGUGGCGGCCGUGGCAUCGGAUCUGGUAUUGCCCUCGAGCUGGCAAAGAAGGGUGCCUCCGUGGCAAUCAACUACGCCAGCAGCUCCAAGACCGCCGAUGCCGUCGUGCAGGAGAUCAAGGCGCAGGGCGUCCAGGGUGCCGCCUUCCAGGCUGAUUUGACCAAAGUCGAGUCUAUCAAGGACCUGUUCCGUCAGGUCAUGGAACACUUCGGCCAACUCGACAUCGUGGUCUCCAACGCCGGAACCGAGAAGUUCGUUUCCCUGGCUGACACCACCUUGACCGACUUCAACGAUGUGUUUGAUCUCAACACACGGGCCCAGUUCUUCGUUGCGAAGAACGCCUACGAUAACAUCAGCCCCGGUGGUCGGGUUGUGCUGAUGUCCUCCAUCGCUGCCGGUGUCGGUGUCCCCGGACACUCCUUGUACGCGGGAAGCAAGAGUGCUGUCGAAGGAUUCACCCGUUGCUUUGCUGCGGACUUCGGCAAGAAGAGGUGCACGGUCAACGCGAUUGCCCCUGCCGGAGUCAAGAGCGACAUGUGGCUGAGCAACUCGUGGCGCUAUGCCCCUGGCUGCAACAAGGACUCUUCCAUUGAAGAGAUUGAGGAGGCCCUGGCCAACGGUAGCCCUCUGAAGCGCUGCGGUGUGCCUGCGGAUAUUGGCCGCAUUGUGGCAUUCUUGGCUAGCCCUGCUGGAGAAUGGAUCAACGGUCAAAUUCUGCCCUGCAAUGGUGGAGCUAACAUCUAA